AUGGAGUGGGCCGGGGACGGCAGCGCGAUGGCGGCGGCGCUGAGGGCGGCCAAGCAGCAGCUGCGGGCGGAGCUGCGACAGCGCCUGCGGGCGCUCGGCGCGGCCGAGAAGCAGCGCCAGUCCCGCCUGCUCGGGCGCAAGGUGAUUGACCAUCCCAAGUACCAAGAAUCCAAAAGAAUUGCAAUCUUCCUGAGCAUGCCAGAUGAAGUCCAGACAGAAGACAUCAUUAAGGACAUUUUUAAGCAAGGCAAGGAGUGUUUCAUCCCCCGUUACAAACCUCAGAGCAAUCACAUGGACAUGCUGAAGUUAUCAUCAGCUGAAGACAUGUCUUCACUUGCUUUGACAUCCUGGAAUAUUCUUCAGCCCAGUGAUGAUGACACUGCAAGAGAGGAAGCUCUUGCUGGUGGAGGUCUUGACCUUAUCUUCAUGCCAGGCCUUGGGUUUGACAAAAAAGGCAACAGAUUGGGAAGAGGGAAAGGAUAUUAUGAUACCUAUCUUGAAAGAUGUAUGAAACAUCCCCGUGGAAAGCCUUACACGAUUGCUUUGGCUUUUAGAGAACAGAUUUGUGAAUCAGUGCCUGUGACAGAAAAUGAUGUUCCAAUAGAUGAAAUCCUUUAUGAAGACUGCUGAAAGUGUUUUGAUACCAACCUACCUCGAGAGCAAGCAGCCAAAAAAGGGGUCAUAUCCAUCAAUCAGGUUUUAUUCUAAUUGUCAUGUAUGACUUUGGGACCAAUAAAAUACACUAUUUGUGUUUGGGGGGGAAAAACCUCCAAAACUAGUGUAACUGUGGUAAUAGUGAGGAUUGUGUUGAUUUGCUUCUAAUUAGCAAAUGCCUGCAGUGAAUUCUUAUUCUAGAAUCAAUACAAACAAGAAUGAGUGACUGUUUAUUACAGUAAUGACCAUUUCUCCUCAUAAUAUUUUUGAGGUACAAGCUUCUUGAUAUUAAACAGUUUUACUAUUCUGGUUUAAAAGUGAACUGUCUAGUAAUGACAGUUCUUGAUCCAUUCUGGAAUUAGAUACUUGUAAUGGUAAAAGUUCUUAGUACUUAGAUAUUGUGUGCAUCCAUAAGCAAAACAAGAAAUUGAUGGAGGUGUCUUUGAGUAAGCUGGAGAAAAAUUGUUAUGGGGAAAAAAAGCCUUAAUUAAUUUUAGUGUAUGCAGUAAUUUUGACUGUUUACUUGGCUCCUUGCAGUUAUCUUAAAAUAAAGGGAGUGCCUGUUAAUAAAAAAAGGUUGAUGUCCAUAACUUUGGUAUGUUCUUUCCUUUAUCUGUUUCUUUCCUUUAUUCUGAUGUCUCCUGCCAUCUGAAUACAAGAUUGUAAUGUAGUCUAAAGUGUGGUCAAGCAGUUCUCUAUUCAGAGACAGCUCUGUUUUGGUAAAAUAAUAUUCAAAAUUACUUUAAGUUCUCUAAUUUUGUACAUAAGCCGUUCAUAAUGUCCCAAAAUGUUGUGUGGUGCUAUGUUAAAAAAUGAGAGAUGCUGAGAAUCGCUGAAAGCAGGUUUUGUGGAUGGAAUAGAUUUUUGGGUGGAAGGUUGAUUGUUCUUUGCUUCUCAAGACAAUCAUGGAAAUCCAGAGGAAGAAAGUGAGUAUCCUCUGCACACUGUCCUUGCGGUAUAAAAGCACAAUAUUUCCAAUCAGGAUCAAUCAAACUUCAGAAUUUUGUGUUCCUUCUUCAAUGCAGCUUCACCUUUUCUAUGCAUGUUUGACUCUUCCCUCAGUCAAUAAAUCAGUGUGUUUAUUUUCA